AUGGGACUCAAACGCAAAGCAUCCGCUCUCGAAGAGCCCAUCACAAUCAACCAAUUCACCAACAGAAGUCCCUUUGGAGCAGUUUCCAACACCACCUCUCCAACCAGCUCAACCACGAGCUCCAUCUCCUCAGCCUCCCACGAAUACUCCCAAUACCGCGACACGUGGAACGCCGGCUUCGUGCCAUAUAUGAACUCUCGCACAAUGAAGAGAUACCGUGACAAUCGGCCCGAUCCAGGCCAGAUCCACGACCAUACCCUGAAGAAGCUGUAUGAAGCGCAGCGACUGCAUCUCGACGAGGCGAUGCCCAUGUCUGAGGUUCUAUCGGACGAAGCAGAAGAAGGACUGGGAGGACAGGAGCAGUCGAUGUUCGACGACAUCGACAUGGCUGAUACAGUUCCUCUCACUUAUGCGUCGGGAAUGGAACCCCUGAAGCAGAAGACACUGGAGAGCUUCUUCAGUGUUCGGCAGAGUGACGCUGCCAGUCACUCGUCUUUGCAGCGGACCACACUGCCUUCAUGA